UUCGCAAACGGAGGCCGCUUAUGCGGCCAGUGAAAGAUAUUGUCCCAGCACAGCCUACCAAUCAAGCAAUCCAAUAAAGUACUGAAAGACAAACAAAUUUAAUGGAGAUAUUCGCAGUGCGGAGAUAUCGACCCUAAAAAGGCACUUCAAACACGAUUGAGUAUCAAUCCAUUUGCAGUGAUGUGAAGCAACUACCCACAGUUGGAGGCAAAGUUACACUCAAACAGGCGGGUUUGAGGUCAAAAGAUACAUCCCAUAAAGUCAGGCAUAACCAGCUGGGCGAAAGACCAUGGCCGUGGAGGGCAAGUGCUUCGGCAGCAUCGCCACGCCAAUCCUCGUGCUGGUGAUUAGCAUUUCGAGAGCAUGGACAAUGCAGCACCAACAUCUAAGUCCUGCCAUCCAACUGCAUCCGGAAACGAAGUCAUUAUCCAAUAUCGUGGACGGCAAUAACAACCUGUUGCCCAUAGUUUCUGCGCCAUCGAGCGUUGAUAACGAUUACGUUUACAUCGCUUCUGUCAAUAGCAAGUUUCCGCAGUUCGGAAAUGCCCUGGAUGAGGACCAGGAGGCCGAGGAGCAGCCAGAUGAGACCACCUAUCCGCCGCCCGUCUUCGACUUUGGCAUGCCCAGGAACAUUACGACCAGGACGGGGCACACAGCGGCCAUCAACUGCCGCGUUGACAAUCUGGGAGAUAAAUCGGUAUCCUGGAUAAGGAAACGCGAUUUGCACAUUCUGACUGCAGGCAUUCUGACCUACACAUCUGACGAGCGUUUCAAGGUGGUGCGGACCGUCGACUCCAAGGAUUGGACAUUGCAUGUGAAAUAUGCCCAGCCACGUGACAGCGGCAUCUACGAAUGCCAAGUGAAUACGGAGCCAAAGAUUUCGAUGGCAUUCCGCCUGAAUGUCAUAGUAACGCCACCAGAUGCCAAGGCGAUUAUUGCCGGGCCGACGGACUUGUACGUCAAAGUGGGCAGCAGCGUAACACUCACAUGCCUCGUGAAGCAGCCGGCGACGGCGGCCCAGGACAUCGGGCCUAUUUACUGGUACCGCGGCCCCUACAUACUGACGCCCUUCGUGGCCCACCCGAACGACGCGGCCAUCGAUUUGCAGCGCAUCUCCAUGGAGUCCACGCUGGCGGAGAAGCUCCAGAGCAGAUUACGCAUCGCCAAUGCCCAGCUGCUGGACUCGGGCAACUAUACGUGCAUGCCGACCACAGCGGAAGCGGCCAGCGUGGUGGUCAAUGUCAUCAAUGACGAGAGCCCCGCGGCGAUGCAGAAGAGCAGAGGCAUCCGAACGAGUGGCAGCGGGCGGAGCAGUCGCCUGGUCAUGCUCCUGGCCAUGGUGGCCAGCUGCGUCGUGCGAUGGCUUAUUGGUGGCCGCCACACCGGCCUCGGCAUCAGCAGCAGCUGCCGCGCUCCCUGCUCGAACUUAUCCACUCUGCAUAUCAAUUAUAGGGAGCUUACCAGCCACUUGGAGCGACAUCGGUGUUUGGGGCAGUCCCUGGCCGAGUCAUGAUAAUAAGUGGCGGCGAGUUUUAAAGGAACAUCUGUACAUAAACCGAAUUCGUAGUUAAGCUAAGUACUUGUGUAAAGCCGAGAGUGGGAGAUGGGAAUGCCGUACUGUACAAUUCAUAGAAUAUUAGUUAUGUUACCGCUUCACCCCGGAAUUAUCAGACUCCGAAAUGUUUCCGCAUCACUUCACCUUUUGCAUUUAUUCAGCGUCGUGGUUCCCAUCUGGCAUACAGUAAACUAAACUAUAACUAUAUUUAAUGCUAAUUUUUAUGCCUAGCGUAAAUAAUUAUGUAACGAUAAAGUAACAGACGGUGCCCGGCAAUUAUCACUGUAAUACUUAACGAAUAUUAACAUUUAACAGCGAUAACGGACACAAAACUGCAUUGCGUGGUUUCGGAAUGCAAAUAUUAUUAUUCGGGUAUUUUCUGUUAUUGCAAUUAGCUAAUUAUAUUUGUCACUGCGAAAACACUUGAAAACUAAUUGAACUCGACUCCCAUUCAAGCGACAGGCGCUGAAAACCAAACAGUUUGAAAUUGAAAAAGCGCAAGCAAAAAAGGCCUCAAUUAAUUCUCUUCGGUUAGGUAUAGGUACUCAGUGUGCAAAAGGACGAUUUGUAACCACAUAUAUCGAAUUUCUCAGUGAGAAACAAUAAAAUGUAUUUUGUUGAAAUAAAAACCCGAU